GACACUAAAGGGCAGUUUCUCUUGGAUCAUGUGUGUAACUACUACAGCCUCCUGGAGAAAGAUUACUUUGGCAUCAGAUAUGUGGAUCCAGAGAAACAAAGGCAUUGGCUGGACCCGAGCAAACCAGUAGUGAAACAGAUGAAAUGUCACCAGCCAUACACUAUGUGCUUCAGGGUGAAGUUCUACCCUCAGGAGCCAAUCAAGAUCAAGGAAGAGCUGACAAGGUACCUUCUGUACCUACAGUUGAAGAGAGACGUGUACCACGGUAGGCUUUUAUGCCCGUUCGCCGAUGCUGCGUAUCUUGGAGCCUGUAUAGUGCAGGCUGAACUUGGGGACUAUGAUCCUGAGGAACAUCCUGUUGACUACAUCAGCGACUUCAAGCUCUUCCCCAAACAGUCCCUCAAACUAGAGCGCAAAAUCAUAGAGAUCCACCAAAAUGAGCUGAGGGGACAGUGUCCUGCACUCGCCGAGUUAAACCUUCUUCAGAGGGCCUACACACUGGACACAUAUGGAGUGGAUCCACACCCGUGCAAGGAUUUCACAGGAUCCACUGCUUUCCUGGGAUUCACUGCAAGAGGGUUUGUAGUUUUCCAAGGAAAUAAGAGGAUACAUCUUUUAAAAUGGGCAGAUGUCAGCAAAUUUAAGUUCGAAGGGAAAACAUUCUAUGUGAUUGGUGUGCAAAGAGAGAAGAAACUGGUUCUGACAUUCCACACCUCCACACCAGCAGCCUGUAAACAUCUGUGGAAAUGUGCUGUGGAAAAUCAGGCAUUUUACAAAUGUGCAAAGUCAAGUCAGAUAAAGACUGUGUCCAGCAGCAGUAUAUUUUUCAAGGGAAGCCGAUUUCGCUACAGUGGUCGGGUGGCUAAAGAAGUGAUUGAAGCCAGUUCAAAGAUUCAGAGAGAACCCCCUGUUGUACACAGAUCUCAGUUUGGCCAAAGCAGAAGCUUUACUUCACUCAGUCAUAAACAUCUCAUUAUGAACAUGGAGCCCCUCCUACCAGCAUUGAGCUCCAGCAGAGAAAACAGAGACUCCUCAGCAGACAUUGGACUCUCGGCUUUGAAAGAAUCUGUCCAUCUGUCCCCACUGAAACCGUCGGUCACCCCUGAGGAAGCAGAGGUAGAGGAGAGGGAAAACCACGGUCAGGGCAGACGAGAAGACGAGGCAGCCAAUAGGACGAGAGCAGACGAGGAAAGGAGAGAGAUCCGCGUAGACAACGAAGACGACGGGUGCAGCACCCUCACCAUAUCUGACACGGCGUACAGCCCGUGCGCCAGCAUGGUCCCGACGCCGGUGGAGGAGGGUCAGGGCGGCCUAGACCUGCUGUUCCAGAGUCCCGCGCGCUUGCUGAAGGAGCUGCACGCGGAUCCAGAGAUGCAGGCGGAGCUCCACGCGGAGAGGGAGAGGGAACUCGCCAGAGAGGCGUUUCGGCAGUCGCUGUGUAACCCGUCGAGCGGGCGGCACCAGAUCCAGGCCUGCCUGAGCAGUGCCGCACGUUUGGUGGUGAUGGCCAUCGGUCUCCUCGUGAUUCUUCUUCCCCUCCUCCUCGUCCUGCUGGAGUCGGACCUGGACAUCUCCUUCUUGCAUGACAUCCGCCAGACGCCCGAGUUCGAGCAGUUCCACUACGAGUACUACUGCCCCAUGCGACGCUGGUUCCUCUGCAAACUCGAACUCAUAACGGAGCAGCUAUGGGGCGACUGAGGCGCACCGCCCUACUGGAACUACAGGGAACGGGGGCGGGAAUGAAAUGGAAUGGGCAGGUUUGCUCUCCUACAUCACAUGAUUUAUUCAUCCUUUGCAAAUCAUGCCAAUACGUUUUCAUAGCGGUAACUGAGGCUGUAGUGUCCCGUAAGUAGCAUUAGAGAACAGCAUGUGCCUAUUCUCAGAUAGUUCAGUCAACUUCAUGAAGGGCGAACGAAAAGCACAGCUCGGAUAGAAAUGCAUCUUACAUUUCAACAUUGAUAGUGGAUAUGUAUGGCUUUUCGAUAUUUUCCAUUCAUUUCACAUGCCUGUCGUCAUUAAAAAAACAUAUCAAUCAAGGGUCCAAAAUGAACUUUUUGCCUUAGCUGUCAAUAGUGGGAUUGUGAAAUCUUCAAUCGAAAAGAAUACUGAAUAAAAAAAGUAUCCGUGUUUCCACAAAAAUAUUAAGCAGCACAACUGUUUUCAACAUUGGUAAUAAUAAGAAAUGUUUCUUGACACUGAAGACUGGAGGAAUCAAUGAUUUUACUAAAAGAAUCAGUUCUUAUCCUAGACUCUUUUGAGUUGACUCUUUUGAGUUGGCUCUUUUGCGUUGACUCCUCAUCAGCUCAAGCAUCACAUACAAGUGAAUCUCUUUGUAAAACACCAGCUCUCACAAAAACAAACAAAAAAUUCUAGACCCAUUACGACUUUGUUGCUCAUAUUUCUGUUUUGCUGGCUUAACGGCAGCAUCCUAGUUUAUUUUCUGAUGGUAAAUUUGUUAGAAGAGGCUAAAUCUUUUCUUUUUUAAAGUCAGUUUGUGUCUUUGAUUCGCUUAUUUCAGUGAGGGUUGGAAGGUACAGAAGUUGUUUCCGCCAUGCAAUAAAAAAAAAGGUAAUUCUGAGUUUAUAUCAAUAAAAAUCUCUGAAUUGCAGAGUCUCAAAUAAACUCACAAUUCUGGCUUUUUUCAUAUAAACUCAGAAUUGCAAGUUAUAAAGUUUAAAUUGUGAGAUAUAAA